AUGGAGGGCGAGUCAGCACGUUGCGACAAGCGCAAGGCUGUAUCAGUAUCACCAGGGCGCGAGAACAACGAGAAUUUAUCCAAAUCAAUCACAGCGAUGGGUACCGAUCAUAAGCGACGUUGCACAGGCGGUAAUGGUAAAGAUGAUCUAGUGGCACCCGCUGCUACGAGCUCUCCUAUGGCCGAUGCUGAUAUGGUCAACGACGGGGAAAACACACCUUCUUCCCAAAACUCGGAUGAUGAGGUCGAAGAUAUGGACGAAGAUGAAUAUCUAGAAGAUAUGAUGGAUGAUUCGGAAGAUGACUUACAUGAUCACGGCGAUUAUUUCGACAAAGAGGGCGACAGAGGUCCGCCGGAGUCCGAGGUAGAAGAGCAGGAGUAUUCACUAGGCGAAUCCGUCGCUGGUCAAGUCACAAUCAAACUCUACCUACAAGAAGACGACGACGAAUUUGAAAUGUGGAUGCGGACCAUACAUGUCCGUUGUAGCUACGACGGAAAGGAAAUUGGAAGAGGGUUUGGCAGAUAUGUGAAGAGGGGUUGGAUCAGAUCGAACUUCUGGCGCGAUAUGGGAAAACCAUGUCAAGAACUUUCCACGGUUGCGUUUGAGACUUUUGACCGCUACGGCCGUCUUAAACAGGAGUUCAUAGAUCAUAUCGUCCGCAAAGGUACUGGUUGCUGGGCCAGUGAACUCGACCGUGGCUCUCUUUUUAUUAUCGAGUACAUGCACAUCGAAAGACCUUUUCGCCGGAAGGGCGUGGGAAAGAUAUUGGCUACUUCCCUUAUUCACAAAGCUCGUGCUGAAGGAAGACACCCCGCCUUUACACUUGUCAACCCAGGGUGGCUCACUCACGAUAUUAGGAAGGAUACAGAGGGAAAGUCGAAUCGAGAGCAGCGAGAUAUUCGUAUUCGCGCUCGAGAAGCUGCGGUAUCUUUUUACCGCUCACUGGGUUUCCGUCGGAUUGGCGCAUCUUACUGCUUUGGUCUUGCUACCGACCCUAAUCAUAAAGCUCAUAAAAUUCUGUCAGUUGAUGAUUUCGAUCCAGCAAAAGAGCAGGCGGAGGAGGAUGAUCCAGAGGUGGGAGACAAUGAAGAGACAAAUUUUGAGGGUUUCUUUGCAGAUCCAGGUAAACAUUCAAAGAGUUUAAAGCUGUUGCAGGAUCGCCUCCCCCUCCACCAUGCGACGAUCACUCUCCCGGACAGUGAAUGUGUGAAGCUCUACAAAGAAUUCAACAAGCCAGGAAAUUCUGGAGAAGAUUGGGCGAAAGUGGACCGUUACCGCAAGAACAUCUUACACGUCGCUGCUUGCGAGCUGAAGGUCAAAAGUGUACAGUGGUUGCUGGAAAAUGUCGACGGGCACCAAGUUCUCAGCUCUGCCAGGAACGUGGAAGGGUAUACUCCACUGGAGGCACUGAAAUCCCACCUCGAGUUAAAACGAACUAUAUACGAGAGGGGAAUGAUGACUAUCUGUGUGUCUGACGUAUUUCCUGGGUUCCCUGCCGAAGCUAUUGGAUGCCUCGCCGCUCUUCAUGGGAACGGGAUGGGUACUGGCAUACAAUUUCUACGAUUUAAGUUUGGAUGUACAUGCGGCGAGUGUAUUGACGGCUUCCUCUCACCUCGUAUGAAGUUUGCACUUCUCUGUCAGGCGGAAAUAGGCCACGACAUGUUAUCCGACGACGUCGUUAAUGAAGAUGGAGACACUUGGUGUCAACUGCAGGAGGACAUGAUCAUUCAUGUGGCUCUAGAUAUUCAACGGAACUUCAUCACCAACAAAUCCCUACGACAGGGAUUCGGAAAUAUUUUCCUUCAUGCAGCUAUUGCUCUCCGAGCCAACACUUCUCCCACUAUCGUUAAUAUUCUUGAUGCUUGGAGGGAUUCUAAUGAGUGGCCCCCUGUGACUAAAAGUUUUUAUCAGCAAGGAGGCUCUCCAGCGAGUGCACUGCGCAUCAUCUUUGAGCAUGCAAGGGAUCAGGAUGAGUGGGCAGGGGAUGGAACGCAUAUGAAUGACUUCGAGGAAGAUAUCACUGAUUUGCCACAGUGCCGAAACGAUCAUGAAUUUGGAUUUGUUGCUUUAGCUUGUGGUGUGCCACAUUUGUGA